AUGGAAGCCAAAACACUUAUUGAAGAAUUUGAUCCUUUAUGUAAAUGGCAACGUAAGGAAGAUCGUGACAUUCUUGAAAUCCAUCUCCAAGAAUUCAAGAAGGAACAACUCAAAGCACAAAUCAGCAAUUCACGGAUCCUCAAGAUCUCAGGAGAACAUCCAUUAGAUGCUCUAAGAAAAAGCAGAUUCUACAAGGAAGUUCCAAUUCCAAGAAACAUAGAUGAAAAUGCAAUUAGUGCAAAAUUUGUCAAUGGCUGUCUCUACAUUGCAAUGCCAAAAAAACUUUUAAUCUCUGAAAAGAAUGAAGCAGCAGAAUCUACUCAUGAAGAUCAGACCAAAAAACAAAUUCAAAAUGGAAUUGAUAGCAGUAAACUAGAAACAUUUGAAGAUGCAAAAUCUGCUGAGGAUACACCAGAAGUGUCUGAAUUUCGAUUACAAACGCUUGGCGAGGUGGUUGUGACUCUUGCAACACUGGCGGCUCUAAUUGCUUAUGUUGUUUACAUGCAAAGAUCUAUGGUUCCUGAAAUUGUUGAAUAUUUUUAA